UACUAAAAUUAAAAGUCAAAAUAUUUAUAAUAAUUGAAUACUAGAAUUGACACUUGAAACCAUAUACAAAAUUCCAACUGGAACUUUUACCAAAGUUGAGAAAUAACCCUAGCCAGACCCUCCCUACUCCCUGGUCCUCCUUCUCUCUCCGUCCCUGUCAGAGUGCCCAUGGCGAUAGACCGACCGGGUUCAGCUUCGACCCAGAAUCCGAUCCAAUCAGGCAAGCUCCGAUGGGGAGAGCUCGAGGAGGACGACGGAGAGGAUCUGGACUUUCUGCUGCUUCCGCGCCAGGUGAUCGGCCCCGACGAGAACGGCGUGAAGAAGGUCAUCGAAUAUAAGUUCAACGAAGAGGGCAACAAAGUCAAGAUCACCACUACCACUCGCAUCCGUAAGCUCGCCAAGGCUCGCCUCAGCAAGCGAGCUGUCGAGCGCCGCUCCUGGGCCAAGUUUGGCGACGCUGUCCACGAGGACGUCGGCAGCCGACUCACAAUGGUCUCCACCGAAGAGAUCGUCCUCGAGCGACCUAGGGCUCCUGGUAGCAAGCCUGAAGAGACCAAGGCUGCAGGAGACUCCUUGGCUCAACUUGGGAAAGGAGGUGCCCUUAUGUUGUGUAGGACUUGUGGUAAGAAGGGUGACCACUGGACUUCAAGGUGCCCUUACAAGGACCUUGCCCCACCACCGGAAGGCUUCAUUGAUAAGCCCCCUGCAUCAGAAACCACAGCAGCUGCUGCUGGAGCUGGCAAGACAACCUAUGUUCCUCCGGGCAUGAGGGCUGGUGCAGAGAGAACCGUACCUGAUAUGAGACGCAGGAAUGAAGAGAACUCCGUUAGGGUCACCAACCUCUCAGAGGACACCCGGGAGCCCGACCUGCUGGAGCUCUUCCGUCCUUUCGGGGCUGUGAGCCGUGUUUAUGUUGCUAUUGAUCAGAAAACUGGCAUGAGCAGGGGAUUUGGCUUCGUCAAUUUCGUGAACAAGGAAGAUGCUCAAAAAGCCAUCAACAAGCUAAAUGGGUAUGGCUAUGACAAUCUCAUCCUCAGAGUUGAAUGGGCCACGCCAAGAACAAACUAGAAUGUACUUUAAUUCUGAAACAAGCUUAAAGAAUUGUUUUAUUUAUUAUUUUUUAAAUACUUAAAAAGUAUAUGCUGGACACUCGACCUCUUUUCAAUUUGUCUCCGAUGAUUUGUUGUUGCAGGGUUUUUUGUUUGCUGGAGAUCAAUCUUAUGUCUCUGUUGCUGGCAUAUUUUCAGCUAAAUAAUGUUUUAGUAACAUCAUUUUAGUUUA